AUGCCAACGCCAGUGCAAACUUUAGGACAAUCUCUUCAGGACGGCAUCCCUUUGGUGAUUAUCACCAGAGGUUGCUUUGGAAGGGAAAUGGAUAUCGGGUCUGGCCCGGCCCGCAACAACAUCCAGAAGGCCGUGUGGGAAGCUGCCAGGAACAUGAGAGCAGAUAUGCCUCAAGUGCUCGUGUCUUGCAUUGACAUCCCUGUUGAUGCUUCCCCAGAGGUUGUAAAUGCUUGCCUCCAGCCGCCUUCGAAUAAUUUCCGCGAGCUCAUGUAUCAUGAUGGCACCUGGUACACACCAGCAGUGUACAAUGCGUCAAAGCUCGCACAAUGGGUCUCAAACAAUCCGAGAGAGAUCAAGCCAAAAGAAGGACCGAGCUUCUCUCGCAAGAAAUUCGAAUGGAACAACAAAGCGUACGACAACAUGUUCAUGCUUGGAUGGAAGUCAGUCUUGGAAGUAAGACCACCUACUCUCACCAGGAGUGGUUGA